AUGCAAACACAAGUAUAUGAGGGGUUGUGUGAAAAUUAUUUUUCUCCUGCUGAACCACAAAGACAUAAAAUCAAAGUGCUUCUUUUGGACAUACUGGUUUUUCUUCUCGCUCUUCUCUUCCUUGUGGAUAUUAUGGCUAAUAACACAACAAGUUUAGGGAGUCCAUGGCCAGAAAACUUUUGGGAGGGUGUUAUAAUGUCCUUCACAGUGUCCAUGGCAACUGUACUUGUAAUUGGAGGAUUUAUUUGGGCUUUGUUUGUUUGUUUGUCUCGAAGAAGAGCCAGUGCCCCCAUCUCACAGUGGAGUUCAAGCCGGAGAUCUAGAUCUUCUUACACCCAUGGCCUCAACAGAACUGGAUUUUACCGCCACAGUGGCUGUGAACGUCGAAGCAACCUCAGCCUGGCGAGCCUCACUUUCCAGCGCCAAGCUUCCCUGGAACAAGCCAAUUCCUUUCCAAGAAAAUCAAGCUUCAGGGGCUCAACUUUCCAUCCGUUUCUGCAAAGUCCACCACUUCCCGUGGAAACUGAGAGUCAGCUGGUGACUUUCCCUUCAUCCAAUACCUCCUCCACCAUCAACACUUCCCACAGUCUGGGCCGUCCUGAUUUCCACUGGUCCAAUCACAGUCUUCGGAUUGGCCUUUCAACACCAGCCCCACCUGCCUAUGAGUCAAUCAUAAAGGCUUUCCCGGAUUCCUGAGUAGGGUGUUUUUGUUUCUGUUUCUCUCUUUUCUUGUCUUUUAUUGAAAGGAAAUGACAAAUAGGCUAAACAGAAUUUUGAGGACAUGGCCCAAAUGCCUAAUGAGUUUCUAACCUGAAACGAGCACACACAAGUUGGACAUUACAAUGUAAAAACACAUUUUCUUUGAACACAUCUUUUUUCUUUGUCUCACAAAAGAAUAAUAUUUUUCCAAAUAGUUGUAUAUUUAUGUAUUUUGUAUUCGAUGUGAGAAUUAUUAAAGAUAGUGAUUCUUACCUAAGAAUCAGCUGGAUACAGUGUACAUAUUUUAGACUAAAAUAAAAACUUUAGAUAUUUGUGGUUUACAAUCCUCAUUUGCUGUCCAAUGUGACUAUAAAGGGGAAAAAAAUCACUUAAAAGUGUAUAACUUUUUUAAAAAAAUUUCUAUCCUAAGGAAUUUUAAUUUAAUUUUCUUUAGAAAGACAAGUGAACCACAUUACCAUCUUGGAUUUUUAAUGGAUUAUAUGGACACAAAAUGACAGAACAUAGGAGAUUCUAAAGUUCCUUGAUUCCACUCAUUUAUGAGAAGUGAGGGAAUCAAGCAAACGAAGCUGAACUCAGUGGGUGUUGCCGAAUACUAUAAUAAUUCUGACACUUCAGACUCCUUUUGUGCUUUCCCCAAGAAUAGUUAUCCACAUCACUGAGGCAAAAUCCUUGUUUUUACUCACACGGUGAUUUAACAUUUCUUUACUGUUGUGGUUAUAUUGUUAUAAAAACAACAACAGCAAAUCCAAUUCAUUUGAUCUAAAAACAAACUUUAACACUGAGCUUACAUUUUUUUUUAAGGAAUAAAUUUUAUUUCUUACAUUUAAAGCUAGCAACUGGGAAAGCACGUUAUCUAGGGAUCUUCUGCAACUUCACAGACAACUAAGGAAGCAUUAGUGGGGAGAAAGUCUUUCAGCCAAAUAGGUGUUACAACCAUGAAGAAUCCUCCUUCCUGGAUGGACUCAUUGGUCAUCAUCUUUUAUUUGCUUCUCUAUGAAUUUCAACUUCAGCUUCUGUGAAGAGUCUUUGCACAAAGGUUAAACUAUGUCAAAUGGUCCUUGGUGCAGAUAGUUAUUUAAGGAGUCCACCUCCACAGGUAGUCACCCUCCUAAAGGAAGCGAGCUUCAGUGGCCAGAUGCCUGUGGUUGCCCUUUUUCAUGUAAGGACACGAGUUCACAGGAUUAUUACUCAAAAGACCUGUGGUUUGUUUCUGAUAUAAUGAACAUUUAGCUUAUGUUGCUGUUUGUUUCUUGGAACAUUGGAAUUUUCCAUGAAGAAAAAUGUACUCUCAUUUUAGUUUCUGCAAUGCAGCUGUCCCAGCUAAUAGUGUCUGAAUAUGGCUCAAGAAUGGAAUAAUUUUUGCUUAAUAAAAGAUUCUGUAUAGCAUUUUCUUUCUCGUUUUUUAUUUAGCUUACAUUUUCCAUUGUUCUUCAAGGACAAUUAUGCUAAAAGAUGUCUAUAGUAAAUGUCUAUAAAUAGAUGCUCUCUAAUGCAAUAUACCUGAAAGAAGAAAGAAAGGAGGGAAGGAAGGAAGGGCGGAAGGAAGGAAGAAAAGAAAAAAAAGCUCGCAGGAUAACGGAUUUGUUGUAAGUUGUUUUUGGACAAACUUGGCAGUUACCAUAUAGCCACGUAAGGUUUUAAGAGAUCAUUAAUUUAGUAACAAGUCUAUAUUUUGCUUGUGAGUCAUCCUUAAUGUUUAACAUGAGAAGUAAGCAAAGUGUAUGGUUUUUGUCUAGAAUUUAUGUUGGGAGUAAAAACUGCUUUAUGUCUCUCAAAUGAGGAAAAUGAGAGCAGAAAUCCCCUGGGUAUUUAACCAUCUGGCAGAAUUAUUGCCUCCUCUCUCCCCAAGUUAUGAAACAAUCAAAAUGGGUAUCUUUUAAAAAUUGUGCAAUGUAUGAAAUGUGAAAUUAAAGCAAAAAUUGGAGACUUUUUUAGUUGUAUUUGUUUUAUUUGAAAUAUUUAGUUGAUUACAGAAUAAAAUUAAACUGGUGUCAA